GACUGGUCUGGCUGUAUGGAUAUCAUCAGAGGGCUGGUCUGGCUGUAUGGAUAACAUUCAGAGAUGGUCUGGCUGUAUGGAUAUCAUUCAGAGACUGGUCUGGCUGUAUGGAUACAUUCAGAGACUGGUCUGGCUGUAUGGAUAUCAUUCAGAGACUGGUCUGGCUGUAUGGAUAUCAUCCAGAGACUGGUCUGGCUGAAUGGAUAACAUUCAGAGACUGGUCUGGCUGUAUGGAUAACAUUCAGAGACUGGUCUGGCUGAAUGGAUAACAUUCAGAGACUGGUCUGGCUGUAUGGAUAACAUUCAGAGACUGGUCUGGCUGUAUGGAUAACAUUCAGAGAUUGGUCUGGCUGUAUGGAUAACAUUCAGAGACUGGUCUGGCUGUAUGGAUAACAUCCAGAGAUUGGUCUGGCUGUAUGGAUAACAUCAGAGACUGGUCUGGUGUAUGAAAGGCCAAUCAGAGAUUGGUGGCUGUAUGGAAAGAUCAGAGAUUGGCUGGCUGUAUGGAAACUCCAGAGAUGGUCUGGCUGUAUGGAUAACAUCAGGACUGGUCGGCUGAUGGAUAACAUUCAGAGAUGGUCUGGCUGUAUGGAUAACUUCAGAGAUGGUCUGGCUGUAUGGAUAACAUCCAGAGACUGGUGGCUGUAGGAUAACAUCAGAGACUGGCUGGCGUAUGGAUAACAUUCAGAGAUUGGGCUGGCUGUAUGGAUACAUUCAGAGAUUGGUCGGCGUGGAAACAUCAGAGGUCUGGCUGUAUGGAACAUCAGAGACUGUCGGCUGAGGAUAACAUUAGAGAUGUCUGGCUGUAUGGAAACAUCAGAGAUGGUUGGCUGUAUGGAUAUCAUCCAGGACUGGUAUGGCUGAAUGGAUAACAUUCAGAGACUGCGCUGUAUGGAUAACAUUAGGAUGGUCGGCUGUAUGGAAACAUCAGAGACUGGUCUGGCUGAUGGGUAACAUUUAGAGAUUGGGCUCUGAUGGAUAUAUCAGAGACUGUCUGGCUGAAUGGAUAAAUUCAGAGACUGGCUGGCGUAUGGAUAACAUUCAGAGAUUGUCUGCUAUGGAAUCAUCCAGAGACUGGUUGGCUGAAUGGAUACAUCAGAGACUAGAGAGACCAAGGGGAAGAUAGUUUGGCCUGAUAGAGGAAUCCUGCUGUAGUCUGACUGACCUGACUGAUAUAUCUGACUGACCUGACUGACCUGACUGAUAUAUCUGACCGACCUGACUGACCUGACUGAUAUAUCUGAGACCUGACUGAUAUAUCUGACUGACCUGACUGACCUGAAGGAUCUACCUGACUGACCUGACGGAGCUACCUGACUGACCUGACCGAUCUACCUGACUGAUCUAUCGGACCUGACUGAUAACUGAGACUGACUGACCUGACUGGAUCUAUCUGACUGACUGACUACCUGACUGACCUGACUGACCUGACUGACCUGACUGACCUGACUGACCACCGGCUUGUGAAUGGCUGGCAGUCACUGGGGCUGGUGAGUUUAGUAGCUGUGUAGUAGCUGUGUUCCCAGCUCCAUAUCUAAGGGGCUGUAUAACUGUCUCUCUCUCUCUCUCCUCCAACCCCUCAAUCCCCUUCUCUGCAGUAAAAGUCAUAGCAACACUACAACUUUUAUUAUAGACAUUUCUCUGGACUGAUUCACCCUGUCCUCCAGACUGACUCCAUUCACUGUGAGGGGAAAUUGGCUUAAUGAUUUUACAUUAGACUGACCAGUUAAGUUUAAGCGUAAGCACCUAGCGUCUAAACUUAGUUCCCUGCUCAGGGCCAAUAGACAUAAAUGGGACUGAGUAUAUGGAGACACGCUUAGACGUGCAGACAGGCAGAUUUAUGUGGACCUUAGUCAUUAGAGACCUUAGUCAUUUUCCCCAGUCCUUUGCUCUUCAGUGCGUCCCAGCCCUGCUCUGAUGUCACAGGGUUAGCUAAGGUUGUGGCACCAUGUGUGACACACUAAACAGUGGGGGUUCUGGAACUGUCACGACACCCUCCAUGACACAUCCUUGUCCCCUAGCCAGCCUCUUGGUCUGGGACCGGACACCACAGACAUCUAUCCCUUAGGGCCCAAGACAUGGGACAUUACCCAGCCCAAGUCAGCUUCACUGCCCCCUAAACAGCACCCUAACCAGCCCCAUCUCAGCCCAUAUACCCCUACUGGGCCUUGACGUCACAGACGGCUAACCUCUGGGGAAGGCAGGGGGAGAGGGAGGGUAGCCAGCUCAGCUGGGUCUUACGGGUGUACCCCUCGUCCCCACCCCCAACCCCCUCUAUUCCCCCUCUAUACCCCCAUCACCCCUCCCAUGGUUAGAGCAGGUGCCUGGCUGUCGGGAGCUGUGUGUGUGCCCCUGCGUUCACCCCCACCCUAGCACGGUUUAUAUCUGUUGGGUUUGGGGGCGUGGCCUGCAUGGAGCUGAAAUUAGGAGAAGAAAGAGAAACAUACAGAAAGGAAGUGAUGCUGUGUUUGAGGUGUGGCCCUCCCUGUGCUCAGGUCAGUGUUGGAGCCCUUAGAGCUGCUUCCAAAGAACACAGAGGAGGGAGGCAGGACAGGUCUGAGAACAGCUGUAUAGGGCUCAGGCCUCAGGGCCAGAGGGAGGCAGGACAGGUCUGAGAACAGUUGUAUAGGGCUCAGGCCUCAGGGCCAGAGGGAGGCAGGACAGGAAUGAGAACAGUUGUAUAGGGCUCAGGCCUCAGGGCCAGAGGGAGGCAGGACAGGUCUGAGAACAGCUGUAUAGGGCUCAGGCCUCAGGGCCAGAGGGAGGCAGGACAGGAAUGAGAACAGCUGUAUAGGGCUCAGGCCUCAGGGCCAGAGGGAGGCAGGACAGGUCUGAGAACAGCUGUAUAGGGCUCAGGCCUAAGGGCCAGAGGGAGGCAGGACAGGAAUGAGAACAGCUGUAUGAGGCUCAGGCCUCAGGGCCAGAGGGAGGCAGGACAGGAAUGAGAACAGCUGUAUGAGGCUCAGGCCUCAGGGCCAGAGGGAGGCAGGACAGGAAUGAGAACAGCUGUAUAGGGCUCAGGCCUCAGGGCCAGAGGGAGGCAGGACAGGUCAGGCACUACCAGUGGCCAUGCGCUGUUAUCGUGACUUCUAACCCCUGACCUCUGACCCCUGCCCUCUGUCCAGGCCCAGAAUGCCAUGCUGGAGGCCCAGGCCAACACGGAGCUGUCAGAACGCAUCAUCACUCUGGAACAGGAAGUGACUCGGCACAGAGAGGAUUCUGGAAAGGCCCAGGUGGAGGUGGACCGGCUGCUGGAGAUCCUCCGAGAGAUGGAGAACGAGAAGAAUGACAAGGACAAGAAGAUCAAUGAACUGGAGAAGUAAGAGUCUGUCUGAGAGAGUCUGUCUGAGAGAGUCUGUCUGAGAGAGUCUGUCUGAAAGGGUCUGUCUGAGAGAGUCUGUCUGAGAGAGUCUGUCUGAGAGAGUCUGUCUGAGAGAGGUCUGUCUGAGAGAGGUCUGUCUGAGAGUCUGUCUGAGAGAGUCUGUCUGAGAGAGUCUUUUCUGGGGAGAGGGGGAGAGUCUGUCUGAGAGAGAGAGAGUCUGUCUGAGAGAGAGAGAGAGAGUCUGUCUGAGAGAGAGUCUGUCUGAGAGAGAGAGAGAGUCUAUCUGAGAGAAAGUCUGUCUGAGAAGAGAUGCAGAGAGAGUCUGUCUGAGAGAGAGAGAGUCUGUCUGAGAGAGAGAGAGAGAGUCUGUCUGAGAGAGAGAGAGAGUCUGUUUUCAGAGAAGAAGAGAGUCUGUCUGGGGGGAAGAGUUCUCUAAAGACUAAGAAGAACCUGUCUUCUGUCUGGGGGGUUUUGUCUGAGAGAGAGAAGUCUGUCUGUGUCUGUUCUCUACACUAAUAUAUAACCCUGUCCUCUGUCUGUUCUCUACACUAAUAUAUAACCCUGUCCUCUGUCUGUUCUCUACACUAAUAUAUAACCCUGUCCUCUGUCUGUUCUCUACACUAAUAUAUAACCCUGUCCUCUGUUUGUUCUCCCACACUAAUAUAUAACCCCCUGUCUCUGUCUGUCUCACACUACAAUCCUGUCCUUGUCUGUUCUCUACAAAUUAACCCUGGUCCUCUGUCUGUUAUCUACAUAUAACCCUGCUGUCCUCUGUCUGUUCUCUACAAAUAAACCCUGUCCUCUGUCGUUUCGACACUAAUAUAUAACCCUUGUCCUCUGUAUGUUCUUACAAUAUAACCCUGUCCGUGUCUGUUCUCUACAAUAUAACCCUGUCCUCGUCUGUUUCUCACAAUAUAACCCUGUACCUCGGUCUGUCUCUACAAGAUAACCCUGUCCUCGUCUGUUCUCGACAAUAAAUAUAAACCUUGUCCUCUGUCUGUUCUCUAAACUAAUAUAUAACCCUUUCCUCUGUUGUUCUUACACUAAUAUAUACCCUGUCUCUGUCUGUUCUGACAAUAUAACCCCUGUCCUCUUCGGUUCUCUACAAUAUAACCCCAUGUCCUAUGUCUGUUUCUACACUUAAUAUAUACCCUGGCCCUGUUGUUCUCUUACACUAAUAUAUAACCUGUACUCUGUCUGUCUAUACAAUAAUAUAUAACCCUGUCCUCGUUGUUCUCUACACUAAUAUACAAACCCUGUCCUCUGUCUGUUCUCUACAAAUAUAUAACCCUGUCCGCGUCUGUUCUCUACACUUAAUAUAACCAUGUCUCUGUCUGUUCUCUACCAAUAAUAUAUAACCCGUCCUCUGUCUGUCUCUACACUAAUAUUAUAACCCUUGUCCUUCGUCUGUUCUCUACACUAAUAUUAACCCUGUCCUCUGUCUGUUCUCUACACUAUAUAUUAACCCUGUCCUCUGGUCUGUUCCUCUACACUAAUAUAUAACCCUUGUUCCUCUGUUCUGUUCUCUACACUAAUAUAUAACCCUGUCCUCUGUCUGUUUCUUACACUAAUAUAUAACCCUGUUCCUCUGUCUGUUCUCUUAACACUAAUAUAUAACCCCGGUCCUCUGUAUUUCUUAAACGAUAUAUACCCUGUCCUCGGUUGUUCUCUCAACACUAAUAUAUAACCCUGGCCUCUGUCUGUUCUCUUACACAAUAUAAACCCCUGUCCUCUGUCUGUUCUCUACACUAAAUAUACAACCCUGUUCCUCUGUCUGUUCUCUACAAUAUAACCACCUGUUCCUUCUGUCUGUCUCUUACACUAAUAUAUAACCCUGUCCUCUUGUCUGUUCUCUACACUAAUUAUAUAACCCUUGCCUUCUGUCUGUUCUACCUAAGAUAACCCUGUCCUCGUUCUGUUUCUACACUAAUAUAUAACCCUGUCCUCUGUCUGUCUCUAAACUAAUAUAACAAUGUCCUCUGUUGUUCUAUACACUAAUAUUAUACCAUGUACUCGUGUUCUCUACAAUAAAUAAACCCUGCUCUGCUGUUCUCUACACUAAGAUAUAAACCCUGUCCUCUGUCUGUUCUCUACACUAAUAUAUAACCCUGUCCUCUGUCUGUUCUCUACACUAAUAUAUAACCCCUGUCCUCUGGUAUGUUCUCUACAAUAUAACCCUGUCCUCUGUCUGUCUCUACAAUAUAACCACUGGUACUCGCCGUUCUCUACAAUAUAACCCCGGUCCUAUGUCUGUUCUCAUACAAUAUAAACCACUGUCAUCUUGCCUGUUCUAUUCAAUAUAACCAUUGUACUCUGUCGUUCUCUACACUAAUUAUAUUACCCUGUCCCUGUCUGUUUCUACACUAAAUAUAACCCGUCCUCGCUGUUCUCACUAUAACCCCUGUCCUCUGUCCUCUACAAUAUAACCCCUGUCCUCUGUCUGUCCUCUACAAUAUAACCCCUGUCCUCUGUCUGUUCUCUACAAUAUAAACCCUGUCCUCUGUCUGUUCUCUACAAUAUAACCCCUGUCCUCUGUCUGUUCUCUACAAUAUAACCCUGUCCUCUGUCUGUUCUCUACAAUAUAACCCCUGUCCUCUGUCUGUCUGUCUCUCUGUCAGUCUGUCUCUCUGUCUCUCUGUCUGUCCUCUCUCUGUCUGUCUGUCUGUCUGUUUGUGUGACUUUUGUUUCUGUAUCUAUGUAUCUUUAUUUAUUGUGUUCUUUGUAAACUCUUACGUUAGCUACAUCUCAAUCCCAAACCCCUAUUCUCUCUCUCCUUGUUUUAACUACUGGCAAUACGUGUGUCGUCAUGCUAUGGUGCUCUUUGUGAACGCACUUGUGUGUGUGUGUGUGCGUGUGUGUGUGUGUACGUUUGUACGUGUCUGUCUACAAAUAUGUCUGUAUUUGCCUGGCUCUCAGUCAGACGUCCCUGCCGGCCCCCUGCCGCUCCCACCUGUGGCGUUCCCAUGAGCCUCAGCAGGUGGCGACCUCUGUGACCUCUGGCUCUCAGCCAAUGGGAGGGCUAGUCUGGGACUACCUGGGCAAGUGAGUGGUGAUGUCAUGGUCACUCCCUCGCCUGUUACUGACAGUGAUCACAAUCCCAAUCCGUCUAGCAUUAUAAAUCACCUAAACACUCCCUUAUUCUCCAUUAUAGCACCAUGCACAGUCAUUCACCUAAGGGUUUACUCUUGGCCCCUGAAGCCAGUGUAGCCAACCUCUGAACCCUUCACACAUUCACUACACCUCCUACUCUGGUCCAUUGUUUUAGUGCCUUGACAAUGCUUUUCCCCUAGUGGUAAAGUGAGUUACAGCUUAUGGUAAUGGGGCUGUUGUGUACGGUGGCCUGUAGGGAUCAUGUUGUCUGUGGAGUGUAGAUGUGGGUGGAACCCCUGGCUCUCUGAUCAAUGUGUAUCAGCACCUCUUUAUGCAACACAGAUCUCACACAGCCUCUAGCCCACUUAGAAUGCAGGAGAGGCUGCCUGGCAAGGGCACAAGGGUUGUGUCUGUCUGUGUUAGUGUAUGUGUGUGUGUGUGUGUGUCUGUCUGUGUGUGUGUGUGUGUGUGUGUGUGUGUGUGUGUGUGAAUGUGUGUGUGUGUGUGUGUGUGUGUGUCUGUCUGUGUGUGUGUGUGUGUGUGUGUGUGUGAAUGUGUGUGUGUGUGUGUGUGUGUGUGUGUCUGUCUGUGUUAGUGUAUGUGUGUGUGUGUGUGUGUGUGUGUGUGUGUGUGUCUGUCUGUGUGUGUGUGUGUGUGUGUGUUGUGUGUGUGUGUGAGUGUGUGUGUGUGUGUGUGUGUGUGUGUGUGUCUGUAUAUACAACUGUCUGAGCGCGCGUGUGUGUGUGUCUGUCUCUGUGUGUGUCUGUAUAUACAACUGUCUGUGUGUGUCUGUGUGUGUGUGUGUGUGUGUGUGUGUGUGUGUGUGUCUGUCUGUGUGUGUGUGUCUGUAUAUACAACUGUCUGAGCGUGUGUGACGUGUGUUUUUAGUUCACGUAGACUAAUUGGUUAUAAUUAAUUGUAGGCUACUUUAGGAUUUCUUCCAUCUCUGUCUCAGUCUCUGUAUAAAUAUAUCAAAUAAUGAAAAAUGCAGGCCUUCAAAACAGCCUUGAUUCUGUGAGUGUGUGUGUGUGUCAUUAGGGGUUGUGAACUGAUGUGUCUGGAACUAAAUCUGAACGGGCCGAGCUUUUCCUCUGGGCCAUUAAUACAGACACGUCGUGUGCCUCCCAAAUGGCACCCUUUUCCCUACAUAGUGCACUACUUUCAACCAGAACCCAUAGCACUAUAUAGAGACAAGGGUGCCAUUUGGGAUGCAUCCUUUGUUCUUACAUGACUGACCCCAGAUCACUGUAGACUUAAUGGGUCCUGCUUUCACACCAGCCAGACAGACAACCUCCCCCCUCUCUACAAUGAACAGCACAGCUAAAUAACAUGACAAGUUGUGUUUAGCUGAACCUGCUCUGUUCUGUGCCAAGAGUCAGUGGAAAAUGUAGGAUGAGAAUCCAGGUGUGUUAAGGGGAGGUGUGUGUAUGUGUGUGUGUGAGGGGAUAUUGAACAGCAUGAGUUGGUCUCUGGCUGUGUUGCUCUCCCUCUCUCAUUAAAAACAUUGGGAAGUAUCCACUCUCUCUCUCUCAGCUGUCUGUGGUAACAGUGUGUGUGCCUGCAUGUGCCGGAAGCUUCCACUGGAGAGGAUGGUGGGGGGGUGAGGGCGCUCUCUCACCCCUUUGACCCAGCACAGAAACCAGCGGGCAUGUCAGCCUGGCCCCUGCAGUAUGUCUCUGUCAGAACCAUGCUCACAACUGACGGCCGCUUGGCACAAUCACUACGUCACGCAAGCACACACACACACACACACACACACACACACACACACACACACACACACACACAUUCCGCUCCCUUCCAGAGCAGGGCAGGAGAGAACAGAGAGGGUCAGAGGUUGGGGACGUGACUGCUACAAUGAGAGAAGAGAGGGAAACUGUUAGAGGAAGAGAAAAGGGAGAGGGUGUGGAAAGGAGAAAGAGAAGUGAUAUCUCUUGGUGGAGGAGUGAAAAGGGAGAAGAAGAGGAAAAGGGAUUGAAGCUGGUGGAAGAGAUGGCGAGAGAGAGGAACAACCUGGGCCUGCCUGUUACACCCUUCACCAGCCUGUCUGUUACACCCUUCACCAGCCUGCCUGUUACACCCUUCACCCAGCCUGCCUGUUACACCCUUCACCAGCCUGCCUGUUACACCCUUCACCAGCCUGUCUGUUAAACCCUUCACCAGCCUGUCUGUUACAUCCUUCACCAGCCUGUCUGUUACACCCUUCACCAGUUACAUCCUUCACCAGCCUGCCUGUUACACCCUUCACCAGCCUGCCUGUAACACCCUUCACCAGCCUGUCUGUUACACCUAUCACCAGCCUGUCUGUUUCACCCUUCACCAGCCUGUCUGUUACACCCUUCACCAGCCUGUCUGUUACACCCUUCACCAGCCUGUCUGUUACACCCUUCACCAGCCUGUCUGUUACACCCUUCACCAGCCUGUCUGUUACACCCUUCAACAGUUACAAACUUCACCAGUUACAUCCUUCACCAGCCUGUCUGUUACAUCCUUCACCAGUUACAUCCUUCACCAGCCUGCCUGUUACACCCUUCACCAGCCUGCCUGUUACACCCUUCACCAGCCGUUUCUGUUAAACCCUUCACCAGCCUGUCUGUUACACCCUUCACCAGCCUGUCUGUUACACCCUUCACCAGCCUGUCUGUUACACCCUUCACCAGCCUGUCUGUUACACCCUUCACCAGCCUGUAUGUUACACCCUUCACCAGCCUGUCUGUUACAUCCUUCACCAGCCUGUCUGAUACGCCCUUCACCAGCCUGUCUGUUACACCCUUCACCAGCCUGUCUGUUACAUCCUUCACCAGCCUGUCUGAUACGCCCUUCACCAGCCUGUCUGUUACACCCUUCACCAGCCUGUCUGUUAUAUCCUUCACCAGCCUGCCUGUUACACCCUUCACCAGCCUGUCUGUUACACCCUUCACCAGCCUGUCUGUUACACCCUUCACCAGCCUGUCUGUUACACCCUUCACCAGCCUGUCUGUUACAUCCUUCACCAGCCUGUCUGUUACACCCUUCACCAGCCUGUCUGUUACACCCUUCACCAGCCUGUCUGUUACAUCCUUCACCAGCCUGUCUGUUACACCCUUCACCAGCCUGUCUGUUAUAUCCUUCACCAGUUACAUCCUUCAACAGCCUGUCUGUUACACCCUUCACCUGUUACACCCUUCACCAGCCUGUCUGUUACAUCCUUCACCAGCCUGUCUGUUAUAUCCUUCACCAGCCUGUCUGUUACACCCUUCACCAGCCUGUCUGUUACACCCUUCACCAGCCUGUCUGUUACACCCUUCACCAGUUACAUCCUUCACCAGCCUGUCUGUUACAUCCUUCACCAGUUACAGUGAGGGAAAAAAGUAUUUGAUCCCCUGCUGAUUUUGUACGUUUGCCCAAUGACAAAGAAAUGAUCCGUUUAUAAUUUUAAUGGUAGGUUUAUUUGAACAGUGAGAGACAGAAUAACAACAACAAAAUCCAGAAAAACGCAUGUCAAAAAUGUUAUAAAUUGAUUUGCAUUUGAAUGAGGGAAAUAAGUACUUGACCCCCUCUGCAAAACAUGACUUAGUGGUGGCAAAGGGAGGGAGGGAGAUUGCCGAGGGAGAUUGACCGUUCUUUAGUGUUUCUUCCAUUUGCGAAUAAUCGCACCAACUGUUGUCACCUUCUCACCAAGCUGCUUGGCGAUGGUCUUGUAGCCCAUUCCAGCCUUGUGUAGGUCUACAAUCUUGUCCCUGACAUCCUUGGAGAGCUCUUUGGUCUUGGCCAUGGUGGAGAGUUUGGAAUCUGAUUGAUUGAUUGCUUCUGUGGACAGGUGUCGUUUAUACAGGUAACAAACUGAGAUUAGGAGCACUCCCUUUAAGAGUGUGCUCCUAAUCUCAGCUCGUUACCUGUAUAAAAGACACCUGGGAGCCAGAAAUCUUUCUGAUUGAGAGGGGGUCAAAUACUUAGUUCCCUCAUUAAUAUGCAAAUCAAUUUAUAACAUUUUUGACAUGCGUUUUUCUGGAUUUUUUUGUUGUUAUUCUGUCUCUCACUGUUCAAAUAAACCUACCAUUAAAAUUAUAGACUGAUCAUUUCUUUGUCAGUGGGCAAACGUAAAAAAUCAGCAGGGGAUCAAAUACUUUUUUCCCUCACUGUAUAUCCUUUACCAGUUACAUCCUUCACCAGCCUGUCUGUUACACCCUUCACCAGCCUGUCUGUUACACCCUUCACCAGCCUGUCUGUUACACCCUUCACCAGCCUGUCUGUUACAUCCUUCACCAGCCUGUCUGUUACAUCCUUCACCAGCCUGUCUGUUACAUCCUUCACCAGCCUGUCUGUUACACCCUUCACCAGCCUGUCUGUUACACCCUUCACCAGCCUGUCUGUUACACCCUUCACCAGUUACAUCCUUCACCAGCCUGUCUGUUACAUCCUUCACCAGCCUGUCUGUUUCACCCUUCACCAGCCUGUCUGUUACAUCCUUCACCAGUUACAUCCUUCACCAGUUACAUUCCAUAUGUUCUAUAUUUCUAGACACCUGUCAGUUUGAGCUAGAAGGCAACCAUCAUUAUGAAUGUUCUCCCACCUCGCUACAUCAGGUCCAGAAGGAUAUCUGACAGCCGUUGACAGAGACAGGGACACACUGAAUCCCUCCUUCUCUUUCCCCCCGAGUAAUCUGAGGAGGAGCAGCAGUGACAGCAGGGGAGGCAGCAAUGGAAAGAGUUUAGUUUUGUGUUCUGCUGUGUGUUGAGGAGUGAAGAUCAUUUUGUGUGUGUGAUCAUGUUCUGCUGUGUGUUGAGGAGUGAAGAUCAUUGUGUGUGUGUGAUCAUGUUCUGCUGCUUGUUCAGACGGCAGUAUCAGACUUGUUCCUGACAGGAAACCUUGUCUGGCUGAAGAUCAGUGGAUAAUUAGAAGGAUAGAUGGGAACGAUGGUGUGUUUACCUGUUCUGUUCUGAGAAACCCUCCCUCCCUCCCUCAUUUCUAAGGGCAGGUUGUUUGGGGCUGUGUGUUGUUGUUUAUUUCAUUAUGUGAUGGUUAAUUGGGGUGGAUUGAGUAACUCCAUACAGAAAAUCAGCGAUCAGAGCGGUGGUCAAGGCAGAGAUUUGGCUCUGAGAAUGGAUGGAAGGAAAGAAAGAAAGAAAGAAAGAAAGAAAGAAAGGAGGAAACUAAAUAUGAUGCGUGGCGUCUGUUCAAAGCUGUAGUAGGAAGCGUUGCGUGUUUGUCACAGAAACAGGAGGAAUUGUGGGUUAUUUUCAAAGAGCUGCUCACAUCUGUCUCUGGCUCUCAUGGCUCAGAUUACAAACAGGAGAACCCUGAGGCAACAUAGAUUCUAACCAUAAAUCCAUCUGGAACCUCACUGCUGCCCCCGUCAGGUGAAACUAGGUGUCGGUCUACUGUUCAAUGCUGUCUGUCUUUCUGUCUGUCUGAAUCUUUCUGUCUAUCUGGUUUUCUGUCUGUCUGUCUGAAUCUUUCUGUCUGUCUGGUUGUCUGUCUGUCUGUCUGAAUCUUUCUGUCUAUCUGUCUGUCUGUCUGUCUGAAUCUUUCUGUCUCAUCAUUUUUUCACUUCCUCUCCUCUCUCUCUCUUCCUCUCUCUUUCUAUCUUGUCUGUCUUUCUGCCCUAAAUGCUGAUGUCCUGGCUGUAGCACUUCACAGUAUGAUUCUCACACUAGAACUCCAAGUAGAACCUCUUUUAGAAUAUCUGUUCAUGCUUACUAACCUAGCUCUCUGUUCUGUGUUUUCUCUCCUUGUCUUCCUCCUUCUUUCUCUCUCAUGUUCGCUCCUUCGCUUUUAUAUUUGCCCUGGAACGCUCCUCUCCUCUCUUCUCUACAGUUUCGCCUCAAGGUUAGUAUUGCAUCUCUCGGUUUUUACUCUAAUCUGCCGUUGUUGUGAGAAUGGACUGGAUGGUUACUGGUAGUAUACAGCGGAUCCUCAACUAGAAUCAUCAUAGAAAUAAUCAACAUUACAUGUCAGUCAAUGUCCUUGUCACCGUUUUAUAAUGAUAACCAGUGGAAAACUUUAAGACCAACAGAACGAGAUCUAUCCCUCUUCUUCACAUGUGAAGCUCUCAGACAUUCUGUCUUACUGGUAUGAUGAGCGUGCUCCUCCUGCGUGCUCCUCCUGCGUGCUCCUCCUCAGCUUUUUUGUGUUGUUGUUUCUCUCUAAGAAAACAAACCUACUGUUGCCUGGAUACCUGACACAACUAAUCCUUUUUGUUUCAGAUCAUUUCCCUGUUCUGUUCCUUUAUUUUUCUCCUUGUUUUGAUCAGUGCUGAAGAACAUGUGCAACUCAACAAAUGCAGCAAUUUGAUAUCUCUUCUGACAUCAAGGGCCCCGUCUUGAAAAGGAAUCCAUGUCGCACCGCUGUAAUUAAUUUACCCAGAUGUUACUGGUCUCUUUGAGUUCAAGGGGCGUAGGAAUUUGUCAACAAAUGGUUGACAACAGAAGUGAUGCCGCUGACGGCAGUGUCUAAUCUACCACCUCACUGUGUGGUGGUACUGAAAGCACUGAACAUCUCCUCUGUAGUGGGAGUGUGGGUAUCACUGAACAUCUCCUCUGUAGUGGGAGUGUGGGUAUCACUGAACAUCUCCUCUGUAGUGGGAGUGUGGGUAUCACUGAACAUCUCCUCUGUAGUGGGAGUGUGGAUAUCACUGAACAUCUCCUCUGUAGUGGGAGUGUGGGUAUCACUGAACAUCUCCUCUGUAGUGGGAGUGUGGGUAUCACUGAACAUCUCCUCUGUAGUGGGAGUGUGGGUAUCACUGAACAUCUCCUCUGUAGUGGGAGUGUGGGUAUCACUGAACAUCUCCUCUGUAGUGGGAGUGUGGGUAUCACUGACAUCUCCUCUGUAUGGGAGUGUGGGUAUCACUGAACAUCUCCUCUGUAGUGGGAGUGUGGGUAUCACUGAACAUCUCCUCUGUAGUGGGAGUGUGGGUAUCGCUGAACAUCUCCUCUGUAGUGGGAGUGUGGGUAUCGCUGAACAUCUCCUCUGUAGUGGGAGUGUGGGUAUCGCUGAACAUCUCCUCUGUAGUGGGAGUAUGGGUAUCGCUGAACAUCUCCUCUGUAGUGGGAGUGUGGGUAUCGCUGAACAUCUCCUCUGUAGUGGGAGUGUGGGUAAUCGCUGAACAUCUCCUCUGUAGUGGGAGUGUGGGUAUCGCUGAACAUCUCCUCUGUAGUGGGAGUGUGGGUAUCGCUGAACAUCUCCUCUGUAGUGGGAGUGUGGGUAUCGCUGAACAUCUCCUCUGUAGUGGGAGUGUGGGUAUCGCUGAACAUCUCCUCUGUAGUGGGAGUGUGGGAUCCCAUCUCCUCUGUAGUGGAGUGUGGGUAUCACUGAACAUCUCCUCUGUAGUGGGAGUGUGGGUAUCACUGAACAUCUCCUCUGUAGUGGGAGUGUGGGUAUCACUGAACAUCUCCUCUGUAGUGGGAGUGUGGGUAUCACUGAACAUCUCCUCUGUAGUGGGAGUGUGGGUAUCACUGAACAUCUCCUCUGUAGUGGGAGUGUGGGUGUGCAUUUGUGUGUACUGGAUGAGAAAGCAUCACUACUUUCCCAGCCCCAUUCCCAGUUUAGUUGCUCAUCAGAUCAGAGCGUGUAUUGCCUUAGCUGGUUAUUAUAUUAUUGCCUUAGCUGGUUAUUAUAUUAUUACCUUAGCUGGAUGCAUUUGAGGUCAUAUGAUUAUUAUCGUCCUAGUGGCAUGCUCCAUCAGUCUGUCAGUGCUGGGGAGGGGAAGGCCAUGUCUGCAUCUCAAAUGGCAUUAUAUUCUAUGUAGUGCACUACCUAUGACCAUGGUGCCCUAUAAAGGGAAUAUAGUUCCAUUUGGGACACAGCCCAUGUCUUUGUGGUUCCACAGUGAUCCAGGGAGGUCUGUGCCUGUUUCCAGCCCUAGCCAAGGCUCACCAUAGGCAGCCUUGAUCUGCUGAGCACGUCCCUGUCUCUGGAUGUGGUGCAAUCGUCGGUCGGGUCUUUUUCCGUUAGCCUUGGCUGUGACAGAACAUGUCGGCCUGGUCGGGUUGGUCUGAGGCUACACCGCUGUGUGGUACCAGAUUAGCCAGCCAGGGUAGGGGGCCAAGUCCACACGUUAGAGGUCAGUGGUCCAAGCUCUGGCCCCAGCCCUCUGGCAAUGUAACACAUCGAUCCCUGCAACCUAUCCCAUCCCAACCCUGGUCCUCCCUACCCUGCCCUGGGCCUGAGAACUCCUCCCAGCUAACAACCCACUCUGUUUAGCCUCAGCCUCCCCCUUCCAGAGCUUUCUGUAGCAUCCGUGCCAAUGCUAACCGCUAACCACAAUGCCACGGGUCGGAUCAUACGAGUUCUGGCGUGUUCCAAUCAGGCUUUAGUCUGCCUCAGCUGUGUGGGAGUAGAACGCUCCCCGCAUGGACGAGGCGGGAAAGGAAAUCAAUGGAUGCGUCCCAAAUGGCACCCUCUUCCCUUCAGAGUGCACUAAGUUUGACUAGAGCUCUAUGGGCCCUGGUCAAAGUAGUGCACUACAUAAGGAUUAAAAUAGCAAUUUGGACGCAUCCGUUCUCUCACCUCGGCUACGGCACUCCAGCGUUCAUUUUUACGACACCGACCGCUCCCUGGCUACGAUAGCUAAACCCCAACACCAGGCCCAGCCAAUGAGGCCAGUCUCA